GUGCGCAGGCGCGUUCUGUCUGGAGCCGGCAGAAUGCAGAGCUGUUCGUGCCAGCAGCACAGAGAACCUCGACUAGCCACAGCGCAGCGUUACCAUGAACGGCUCCAUCCCGCCGACAGAUACCCAUCCCAACUAUUUCACUUUCACGACCAGCUCUAGAACAGCCUGCGACCCGGAUCAACACUGCCUGACCGCAGAAUGCACGGGGGAAAGAGAGGGCUGGUGGCACCGCAGAACACUUUUUUGGAAAAUAUUGUCAGGCGGUCUAGUGAAACCAGCUUUCUCCUGGGCAAUGCGCAGAUUGUGGAGUGGCCUGUAGUGUACAGUAAUGACGGAUUCUGUAAGCUCUCUGGGUACCACAGGGCCGAAGUCAUGCAGAAGAGCAGCACUUGUAGUUUUAUGUACGGCGAGCUUACUGACAAGAAGACAAUAGAUAAGGUCAGACGGACCUUUGAUAACUAUGAGUCCAAUUGCUUCGAAGUGCUGCUGUACAAGAAGAACAGGACCCCCAUCUGGCUCUACAUGCAGAUAGCGCCCAUCCGGAAUGAGAACGACAAGGUCGUCCUGUUCCUCUGCACCUUCAAGGACAUCACAGUCUUCAAGCAGCCCAUUGAGGAUGAGACCACCAAGGGAUGGACCAAGUUCGCGCGGCUGACGCGGGCACUGACCAACAGCCGCGGCACCCUGCAGCAGCUCACGCCCAUGAACAGGGCGGAGGUCUGCCACAAGCCCUCACGCCUGGCCGAGGCUCUUCAGCUGGGCUCAGACAUCCUGCCCCAGUACAAGCAGGAGGCGCCCAAGACGCCCCCCCACAUCAUUCUGCACUACUGCGCCUUCAAGACCACCUGGGACUGGAUCAUCCUCAUCCUCACCUUCUACACGGCCAUCAUGGUGCCCUACAACGUGUCUUUCAAGACCAGGCAGAACAGCAUCGCCUGGCUGGUGGUAGACAGCGUGGUGGACGUCAUCUUCCUGGUGGACAUCGUACUCAACUUCCACACCACCUUCGUUGGGCCGGGAGGCGAGGUCAUCUCCGACCCCAAGCUGAUCCGCAUGAACUACCUGAAGACCUGGUUCGUCAUUGACCUGCUGUCCUGCCUGCCCUAUGACAUCAUCAAUGCCUUUGAGAAUGUGGACGAGGACUCCAUCUCGGACACCUUGUCUGUCGGGCAUCUGCGUGAGACAGCUAACUCCCCGAGAAACACCACCCGAUCAGAGGACUCAGUGCUCCCGGGUCUCAGCAGCCUCUUCAGCUCUCUGAAAGUGGUGCGGCUGUUGCGUCUGGGUCGGGUCGCCCGCAAGCUGGACCACUACCUGGAGUACGGCGCGGCGGUCCUGGUGCUGCUGGUGUGUGUUUUCGGCCUGGUGGCCCACUGGAUGGCCUGCAUCUGGUACAGCAUCGGAGACUACGAGGUCAUCGACGAGGCCACCAACACCCUCAAGACCGACAGCUGGCUCUACCAGCUGGCCGCCAGCAUCGGGGCGCCCUACCGCUACAACGCUAACGGCUCCGGCCAUUGGGAGGGGGGUCCCAGCAAGGACACUCUCUACAUCUCCUCCCUCUACUUCACCAUGACCAGCCUUACAACCAUCGGCUUUGGCAACAUUGCGCCCACCACUGACGGCGAGAAGAUCUUCUCCGUGGCGAUGAUGAUGGUCGGCUCGCUCCUGUAUGCAACCAUCUUCGGGAAUGUCACCACCAUCUUCCAGCAGAUGUACACCAACACCAACCGCUACCAUGAGAUGCUCAACAAUGUGCGGGACUUCCUCAAGCUCUACCAGGUCCCCAAGGGCUUGAGUGAGAGAGUGAUGGAUUAUAUUGUGUCCACUUGGGCCAUGUCCAAAGGCAUCGACACUGAGAGGGUGCUGUCCUUCUGUCCCAAAGACAUGCGGGCAGACAUCUGCGUCCACCUGAACCGCCAGGUGUUUAACGAGCACCCCGCCUUCCGGCUGGCCAGCGACGGCUGCCUGCGCUCGCUGGCGGUGGAGUUCCAGACCAUCCACUGCGCCCCCGGCGACCUCGUCUUCCACGCCGGCGAGAGUGUGGACACCCUGUGCUUCGUGGUAUCGGGGUCACUGGAGGUCAUCCAGGAUGAUGAAGUCACCGCCAUUCUGGGAAAGGGGGACGUCUUUGGAGAUGUCUUCUGGAAGGAGACGACCUUGGCGCACUCAUGUGCCAACGUGCGUGCGCUCACCUACUGCGACCUGCACAUCAUCAAGAGGGAGGCACUGCUGAAGGUGCUGGAGUUCUACACGGCCUUCGCCAACUCCUUUUCCCGCAACCUCAUCCUCACCUGCAACCUGCGCAAACGGAUCGUCUUCCGGAAGAUUGCGGACGUGAAGAAGGAGGAGGAGGAGCGCCGUCAACAUAAGGACGAGGUGACGCUCUCCAUUCCGGUGGACCAUCCCGUCCGGAAGCUCUUCCAGAAGUUCAAGCAGCAGAAGGAGAUACGGACCCAGGGCCCCGCCCCCUCCAGUCGAUGCCAGGUGCGGUCGGAGCUCCACCACCUCCAGCUCCACCCGUGCUCGCUCCAGCCCAUGCAGAACGGCACGCCCGGCAACGGCGGCAGCAGCGUGGUCACCGUCUCCCAGAACACGCCCAUCCAUAACUCGCUGGCCUACGUGCACACGGGCGAGAGCGCGGAGAGGCCCGCCCAGGACGCGAUGGAGCUCCAGCCCAGCAUGGGCGGCAGAGACCCGAACUGCCUACGGGUCCACAGCCCGUCCCGACUCCGGCCCAGUCCUGGCCACAGCUGGGCCCGGCUCCAGGACGACGCCGCGGCCGGCGCCGCCGAGGAGACGAAGGAGGAGUGGGUGGACGUGUCGCAGGUGGAGUGCGUGGAGCUGCUCUCGGAUGACAGCAAGAGCCAGGAGGAGGGGAUCGGGGGCGGAGUCGGGGGCGGGGUGGAGGGCGGGGACGAGGAGAGCCUCCUGCACAAGACGGACUCCUGCGACAGCGGCAUAACCAAAAGCGACCUGCGGAUAGACGCGGCGGGCGAGGCGCGCAGCCCCCUGGGGGACCCCGGGGCCGCCCCGGCGGGGCCGCGCCCGCCCGCCCUCCACCCCGGCCUGGAGCAGGCGCUCCACGCCACCCUGCAGGACGCCAAGCUGGAGCUCAGGGCCGACAUCCAGACGCUGGGCGGGCGCAUGGCCGCCCUGGAGGCGCAGGUGGCCGAGAUCCUCCGGCUGCUCUCCGAGAAGAGGGCCCCGACCGAGGGCCAGGACCCGCCCCAGACCUCCACGCCCAAAACCAAAACCACGCGGCAGGACAUCUUCACCGUCUCCCGGCCCGUCACGCCCGAGUCUGAGAGACGCGGCGCAGAACAGCUCUGAAGCCGGGGCUCUUCCUUUUGGGUAUCCAUCCCUUUUCUUUCUUCCUUUCUUUAUAUCCUUCAUGUUUCCUUUCUUCUCCCACAGGACAAGACAAGGAAACAAGAAAAAAAAAAGUUUGCGAAAAGACACUGUAUGUUUUUUUUCCCUUGUAAGAUAUCUACCUGCAUGUCCAGCUGGAUUCUGGCCUGCCAAAGAAAUCUACUGACCAUAGUGUUUGCUUGUACAUUAUGCAGUUGACUGCAUGCAAAAAAAUGAUAAUAAUUUUCGAAAGAUUAUUUAUAGAUCUGCACAAUGUUAUCUCUAGGGAUUUGUAUUAUUCUAUUCAUAAAAUUCAGGUUUUGAGCAGGGGCGGUUUCACAGUGCCAGUCUCUUGUGAAUCUUCAGCUUAGCAAGUGCCCUUCCAUGCACUACAAAGAAGAGUUAAGUUAGGAGGGUGCAGGUGUUUCUCUGAACCCAGCUGCAGUGCUGAAACAGAGAGAUUUUCUGAGAUCACACCAUCCUAGUGUAGCAUGCCUGUGAGGAGAAGGAGCUCUCCAUGAACCCUGGCACUGGUGGUCUACAGCAGUCUGAGGGCAUUGAUGAUAGAGCGCGCGUACCGAUGUUUACUUUUCCAGGGCCUUUAGUUAAGUGCCACCCCCCUCUAAUGAGAUAUACAAUACAAAUCAUUAGUCUUUAUGGGGAAGUUGCCAGAUUUUACUUCAGAGCAGUUUUAUCACCGCUCUGUGGCAGAAGGCGCAUCCUUAUAAAAAUCCUCUCUUUUUGUGGGUUUUUUUUUUUUGUGGAGAAGCAGCUUGGACUGUCAAGGUUUGGCCAUUGGGGAGAGCUUCACCAGAGGUGCACAGCCCUGCAUGAACACAGUUUCAGGGUACUGGUUUUCAGGGGACUCUCUAGCUUAAUGUGGCAUCAUGCUCGGUGCAUGCUAUGAAAGUGUUCCAUAUGUGUGAAGCUAAAUAAGAAAACGAUGUUUUGCUGUAACACUGCUGUUCACUUUAAGGGAGGGGGGGGGGGGUUUCUGAGUGUGACACCAGUGCUCUGUAACCAGUGAAUUCAUUCAUCACCUUUCAGUAAAUGGGAUCAAUUUUUUACCGGGGUCAAAAGAAUAGCGGUUAUAAUAUAAAGUACUAUGCCCAUGUAGCGAAUUUUGAUCUAGCAAUGCUGUAUUUUUCUCAAAAGUAAAAGGGGUUCUGACUUCACUUCAGAUUCUUUUAUAUAAGAUCAGUGUAAAUUUAAAUUUGAUUUCUCUGGCCUUUGGGUAAUACGUUGGCAUAAAGGCCAAACAUCUGAGCAACGAUGGGCGUGUUCCUGGUGACGGAGAAAGGGUCAGAAAUGAAUGGGGUUCCAGCAAUGAAGAAAACUAAAUGAACUAUGUGUCAAUCAUUUCUCCCAGUAGGAAAAUAGUUAGCAUCUUCCAUUUCAAUUCACAAAUUUCAAUUGUUAUUCACUUCAUGAACUGAAAAAUUCCAACAAUGUUCCAUAGGUAUUUUUCAGUUAAUUAAUUGCAUUUCAAUACAUUUUUUUGGAUUGCCUGAAUUAAAAUUGAAGUGACCCUAAAUUUGCUAGACUGAAUGAAAGUGCAAGUAAUGGUAUAUUUUAUAUUUAGAAUUAGAUGACUAGUGUUAAAUGAUUUUGUGUCUUUAUGGUGAUAAGCACUGAGUCCUCCAAUUAGUCUCCGCCCCAUUCACCCCACCCCACCCAAAGGAGAAAGUGGAAGUGGAAGCAUGCCAGGCUGCGUGUGUGUGUGUGUGUGUGUGUGUGUGGGGUGGGGGGGCAAUGACCUGAAACAGGAAAUGGGAAAUGUCUGGAAUGCUGACAUACUUGAUUGGCUGUUCAGGAGGAAUUUGGAAGUACCUCAAUAGCUGUUGUUUCUUGAUUAUGGGACUCAAUCCAUGCCAUUGCAAACUAUGCAACCCCUUCAUUUUUCACUGAGUAAUCUGUUGAUGAAGUGGUGCAUUAUGGGUGAAUUAUUCCACUUGUCUUGUUGAACUGAACUUUUGAGUUCACAAGCAGACCAAUCAGAUUGUCAGAUAUAAUGUACAAAUAGUGUGCCGUAUCACCGUUUACAUUUCAUAUACUUCAUGUUUUGUAUUGUUUGUGCACGGAGAACCAGGGCGGUGGCUCCCGGUGCAAUAACUGAUAAUGCUCCCACUGGACAAGUAGAGAAAUAAAAGUCAUUCACAUAUUAACAUGUUUUUUUCCCCCUGGAUUUGCAGCCUUUAUCCUGGCCUCCACAACAAAAUCAAUGUGGAAAUCGCCUUGAGAGUUGCUCUGAGAGAACCUGGUGUAAAAUAUUUCUUUGCACAAACCAGGCAUCCGUAAAUCAAUUUUCAUAAGUUAGGAACCUGAUUUCUGAUUGGUUACAGUAUGUCCAACUGAACAGUUUCCCUGGGGUUCAUUGGCAAAUACCUAUAAUAAAUAUUUCAGGAAGCUUCAAAUGACUUUUGAGCUUUAAUUAUAUAUUCAUUUUAAAUUAUGAUUUUCACAUAAACAUGACGGCACAGUAGGGUGUCCUUUAAAACUGCAUGCAGAAAUCAAAAAUAAUUUUCUCUUCUCCCUCCUCCACUCUCUUUGCCCCCUCUCUUUCACACCCUAUUAGCUAGCGAUUGUAAUAAAGAAAUAUUAAACUGCCCGUUGUCUUACAUAUGUCCGCCUCCCUACCUGUAUGACAGCAUACGUGAUAAAAGCAAAGCCCCCCCCUGCCUCUGCCUUAAUUGAUGGGGAAAGCACCGCUUUCUCUCCCAGUCCCUUGAAUGUACACUGUAGAGCAUGAGACACUGAAAUCACACGUUUCCCUAGAGCAUGCAGACGUACGGAUCGUGUUUGCUAUAGCGCCCCUCCCUCGCCUCCGGCGAUCUACGCUGUACGAGGGGGCAGCGCAUGGAAAGCCAAGGAGGGCUGUCAUCUUUCAGAGCGUGUCAUCACGCAGCCUGAUGCAGCCAGUGGCCAAUCCCUUUCCGGCCUUUUUAUUCAUUAUGUAUUUAUUUAUUUAUUUAUUUAUUUUUUUGUACUGGAAUGUUGCCGUUUUUAUACUUUUUUGAGAAAUGUUUCGAGAACUGCUGUCACUGAAAGUUGAUGUACUGGUCCUGCGGUUACGCAGGACAUGCACAAUAAAAAUUAAUGUUUGAUUGAAAUAAAAACAAAAAUCUGUCAUCCUUCCAUUUUCGCACACUCGAGAUAGCAAUCCCCAUGUAAUGACAGGAGGUCACAUGUUGAUUUUGGUUGUAACCUUCGCUUAAGUCAUAGAUUCCUCCUGAAAUCCACAGCAACGGAAAUGACUUCAAUUAAAAUGCGCUGUACUGAAAGAGAAUGACGAUCAGCAGCCUCUACUGGUUGAGUCUGGACUCAUCCACCUCCUCUGACAGCAGCUCCAGUGUCACAGUUGAACUGGAAAGAAUAACAAUCAUUGCAUAACAAAGAAAGAGAACCACAAAAGCCUUAUGAAUUCAGUAGUCUCCAAACCCUGUAUGGUAAA